GAGGAAACGUGGCUGUGCUCCCCGGUGCUGAGGCAGGCUGGAGCUGGAGCUGGAGCUGGAGCAGGAGCAGGAGCAGGGCACCGCUCAGCAUCACUCAGGCAUUAUCGCAAACUGCGUGUUCUCUCGUGGAUGUCAUGGAUGUCAUGGAUGCCACCCUUGUCGUGACAGAGUUGAAAUGCUACUCAAAGCAUGCAGCAGCGUCCAUCUGAGGAGUGAAACAGCUUUCCUGUCUGCCUCUGUCACGACACAGCUCUAGAGGACCAUGGGUGGCGUUGUGGUGGAUGGGGGCGCAGGGGGGGUUAAGGCUCCAGAUGGGGGGUGGGGCUGGGCGGUGCUGGCCGGCUGUUUUGUCAUCACAGGCUUCUCCUACGCCUUCCCUAAAGCUGUUAGUGUCUUUUUCAAAGAGCUGAUCAGGGAGUUUGGGGUGGGAUACAGCGACACUGCCUGGAUCUCUUCCAUACUGCUCGCCAUGCUCUACGGCACAGGUCCUCUGUGCAGUGUGCUGGUGAACCGAUUCGGCUGUCGUCCUGUGAUGAUGGUGGGCGGCCUCUUUGCUUCCCUGGGAAUGAUCCUGGCCUCUUUCUCCACCAGCAUCAUCCACAUUUACCUCUCUACUGGGGUCAUUACAGGUCUGGGGUUGGCCCUGAACUUCCAGCCCUCUCUGAUUAUGCUCAACCGCUACUUCAGCGAGAAGCGUCCACUGGCCAAUGGCCUCUCAGCUGCCGGCAGCCCUGUGGCUCUGUGCUGCCUCUCUCCACUGGGCCAGGUUCUCCAGUACCAGUAUGGAUGGAGGGGGGGCUUCCUUAUCCUGGGCGGCUUGCUGCUCAACUGCUGUGUCUGCGGGGCCCUCAUGAGGCCUCUGGUCGGCCCCAAGACCCCGAAGGCCAAGGAUCUGGAACUGGGCAAAGACGGGGAAAAAGAGGCCUUGGAGGGGGCAGAGAAGCCUAAGGCCAAACUACUGGACUUCUCUGUGUUCAGAGACCGUGGGUUUGUCAUCUACACCGUGGCAGCAUCCAUCAUGGUGCUGGGACUGUUUGUGCCCCCAGUGUUUGUGGUGAGCUAUGCUAAGGAGCUGGGGACAGAGGACACAAAAUCAGCUUUGCUGCUCACCAUCCUGGGCUUCAUUGACAUAUUUGCACGACCUACGUGUGGCAUUAUCGCUGGACUGAAGUGGGUCCGGCCUCGUUGCGUCUACCUCUUCAGCUUCGCCAUGAUCUUCAAUGGAACCACUGACAUGAUUGGAUCGCAGGCGAAGGACUACACAUCUCUGGUGGUCUACUGUGUCUUCUUUGGCAUCUCCUACGGCAUGGUGGGAGCGCUGCAGUUUGAGGUUCUCAUGGCUGUAGUUGGAACUGAGAAGUUCUCCAGUGCCAUUGGACUGGUUCUGCUCAUGGAGGCCAUUGCUGUGCUGGUGGGGCCGCCUGGUGCUGGCCGGUUGCUUGACGCCACCAAGAACUACCAGUAUGUCUUCCUGUUGGCCGGUGUUGAGGUGGUCCUCUCAGCUCUGGUUUUGGCCAUUUCUAACUGCUUAUUCAUCAGGAAAAAGCCUUUGACCCCGGCGGGUGAGGUGGAGAAUACCACGGCGACCAGCGAUUCCAAAACGGAGGCACUCAGCAAAACCCCGCCGGGCCCUGACGAAGAGGAGAAGGGGGAGAAAGAGGAGCAAGAGAAGGAGACGAAGAAGGAGGAGGUGGAGCAGUUAGAGGAGGAGAAGGGAGAAACAGACCCAGCGACUGAGACGGCCAUAGAGGAGCCCAGGCCAGAGAGUAUAACGGUGGACUCGCAGGAGGUGGAGAGAUUCUUGAAGGAGCCACAGCAAAAUGGCGGCGUGGCCACCAGCCCUGAAACAUGCCUGUGAGCAGGGAUGGACGUCCACGCUGGGACAGUACAUCUAGAGCCAUUCCAGUUCUGCAGUAGCCCAGUGACAUGGUGAAGUGUACUUUGAAGUGUGUCAAGAAGCACCCUAAGAGACAGCUGGGCCUCUCCUGUCGUUCAGUGUUAACUCCAGCUGUUUGUGUUUGUAACUGUGGGUGGGGCUGUAGCAUAUGAAGACAUACACUAACUGUGACAUUGAUGUAACAAGUUGUAUACACUGCCAUACAGAAUAGUAAGAGUGUGAGAGUUGUGUUAUGUUAUGUAAGUCAGCAAUAGUGUUGCACUAGAUGUUCAAGUGUGGUGAUUCACAGUAUGAUGAGAACACAGCACUGCCAUGUGGAGCCAGUUCAUACCACAAGUCUAUACACUAUUUCAAACUGCCAUGUUGUUUCCUCCAGACUGAAAAUGAAAAGUUACAUCUGGCCUUUUCCACUACUGAUAGGAUAAAGCAACCAGCAAGAAUUAAGCUAAAAGGUAUAUGAGAAAAGGGAACCAGCUUGGUUGCUUAAAGGGAUAGUUCACCCAUUUUGAAAAAAUGUGAUGUUAU